UUGGAGGUAAAGCCGUCAACGAGUGAGGUGAGGAAGUUUAAACCUCCUCUAAAUUUAUCCAUUCAUGGGUCUCUCAUGACCUAUAGUGAUCAUUUUAACCAAUUUAUCGAAGUGAAAGAUGAAACAGACAACGUAGUGAAGGAAAGGAAACAUGGAAAGGACAGAUAACUGGUGAAAUUGAGGAAACACUGCGUGGUCAAAGGAAAGUCGCUGGUCGACAAGAAACAAGUGAGAUUUGUCUUAUAAAGCCAUCAUUAUUAUCCGAGAUGGCUCCAGUGGUGUCAGUUGUAAGAAAUGCUCCGAUGGUGUGUCUGGUGCGAGGUGUUCGCUCGGGCUGCAGCUGGCGAGACCACAGGAAGGCUUGUGUUGCCUAUUCCUCAUCCUUCCUCAGUUCAGAUAGGGUUGAGUACCGCGCCAGAGCCACACACAGCUCGGAGAGGGAAAGAGCAAAAACAGUAGCAGCGUAUUACAACCAGCCAGCCAUUGAAGCCGCAGCACAGAAGAAAAGUGUGAGAUUAACUCCAUCAGCCAUCCUCUACCAUGGACGAACUGACGAUGAAACAACGACUCUUAAAAGUGCACUGUAUUUACAGAAAGAGUUACCUGUCAGGAUUGCGAAGAGAGUUUUAGCCUUCCGCAGCUUACCAUUCAUUGUCGGCUGUAAUCCCAUCAUACUGGGCGUGCACGAGCUUUAUAUUCGCGCCUUCAACAUCCUGAACAACUUUGCUCCCAUAACUUCCCGGGACGAUGAGAUCAACUACAGCAGGAAGCUUGGUGAACUCCUUGAUGACCACAAGGACGUUGUGACUCAACUGGCAGCAGGUUUCAGAGAGUGUCGUCGUCACAUUAAGAAUGAGGAUCUGGUGGCUCAGUUUUUGGAUAGAACUCUAACAUCUCGUUUAGGCAUCCGCAUGUUGGCCCAGCACCAUCUUGCACUCAGGGAAAAUAAGCCAAAUUAUGUUGGAAUUAUUAACGUCGGGAUGAAACUCAAGGAAGUGAUUGAACGAAGCUGUCAGUUUGUGUCUCGUGUGUCUUCUCACAAGUAUGGCCGAGUCCCUCUGUUGAAGCUGUCUGGCCAUGUCAAUGCUGUCUUCCCAUACAUUGAACUGCCGUUGGAUUACAUCUUGCCAGAGAUCCUGAAGAAUGCGGUGAGGGCCACUAUAGAGAACCACUCCGAGUUUGAGAUGCUUCACCUUCCACCAAUUCACAUCACUAUUGCUUCUAAUGAGAUAGACUUUAUUAUUAGAAUCAGUGAUCGUGGUGGUGGCAUUCCACACCACCUCACGGCCCGUGCCCUCGACUAUAACUUCACCACAGCCAACGACACAAGUAAUUCCGAGAUAGAUCAACAAGAAGGCGUCUUCUCAAACAUGAUGGAGGCCGUGAAUCCCAACCCUGCAGGCGGUCCUAUGCAUGGAUUUGGCUUUGGACUGCCAACCUCGAGAGCAUACGCAGAGUACAUGGGUGGAAGCCUGGAGAUUCAGGCCAUGCAGGGGAUUGGCACAGAUGUCUAUCUUCGUCUCAAACACAUCAACAGUCCCGGAGCAUCAUUUAGGAUUUAGUCAAAAUUUGAUGUGAAUCUCCGAACGCCAACAGAAGUAAGUGGUCUCAAAAGCAUGUGAUCUUAUAUGGGAUUAGGGUUACACACAUAUUGGUCAUUUACCAUUGAAGUACAGCUAAAAAUACGAAUUAAGACAGAAAUUAUGAAGAUUUAAAUUGGGUCAGAUAAUUUAUGAAUGAUCUGUACUGUAUAUUAAAGAUAUUGAGUUUCAUUACGGUCAUAGAAAGGGUAACUAAUGUUAUUUUACACUGGAAUUUGUUUUUUAUUUGUAGAAUUCCAUAGCCAUCAACUAUGCCCAAACUCAAUAUAUUAUUUUUUGUGUUCCACUUCUUAGAUGAGGUCACUUGUAUAUUAUAAUGUGUGGGAGGUGAGGUGAGGUGUACUAAUUAUUAAAGUGAGUGUAUAUAAAGUCAUAAUUAACUCCAAAAUUUAUCUUGCAUGUUUAUUCAAUGUUUAAAAAAUUGCUGGAGGCAUGUAUAUAUAUACGCUGUAUUUACUUAUUAUGCACACUUCAAUAUAAAUUUACAUCACACAAGUAAUCACCGGGUACUGUGAUAAUGUCUACCAGCAUUUGUCAGCACAUGGCUCAUCAUAUUUGAGUUUAUGCUAUCCCAUAAAUCCAUAAAUUAAUCAGGAUUAUCUCCUGGCUUCCACGGGUGGGUUUUGUCAGUGAAUAAUAUUUUCUCUAAUACAGUAUUUAUGACCCAACACCUAAACAUGUCAAGUUUCAAAGUAAAAAGCCAAAUAACAACAUUUAUCAGAUGCAGUGGAAGGGUCAAGUUAAAGUGUUUGCUUUUGUAUCAGGAAAUUAAAGGAAUAUACAAAGACUGAAUUACUUGUGUCCAAAACUACACUUUGGCUUGAGACGGUAGCCCCUCCCUCAGUAAAGUCUUUCUUCUUUGGUUCUCAGAUCAUACCUGUGUUACAACUUGGUGCCUCACACUGUUAUGAAGCUGUCUAACUUAAAAUUUGUCCCAAGAGUAAACAAAUACCUAAUGAAGAUUACAAUUUAAGUAAAGUAUAAAAUAUAACUAUGAUUCUAACAUUAAUCCUUCCACAUCGGUCCUGAAUGUAUUAAAAAUUUUAUGACGAUUGUAACAUUUAAAUUCUUCCUCCUUUUAGGUACUCGUAUCCCUUAAUCCACUCCAGUGAGUAGUGAAGAUAUUGGAUAGAUGGAAAGAUAUUGUUAGUUUAUGUGCAUAAUAUUUAUCAAGUUUAAUAAUUUUUAUACUCCUCAAAUUGUCCUGAAAGAUAACUAUGGUUAUUAUUCAUAUAAUGAUAUACAUUUUUGUACUUUUAUGCUCUUAAUAAUUUUAUCGGUGUAAUUCCUUAUGCUGUAUUACCUUGUAGUGGUGAGAACUUGUCAAAAAUUUAAAGGUCACUGUUCACACAAGGUUCUUAUACAAACUCCUGUCAGGACAGGAUUAGCAACAAGAAACAGUUCCGAGGUCAUAGCACUGUACCCUCGUUAAUUCCCAUCUUUAUAAUUCGGAUUGUAGCACAAUUCCUGUUUUUUAUUUUAAAUGAAUUAAACAAUUUGAAUUCGGAACGAAUCUGAAAUAACCAAGUGGUUCCGAAAAGUCGACUUGGCUGUCACCUAAAAUAUUCUAUGUAUAAAUACUGUGCAAAUACAGUAUAAAUAUUUUUUAAAUGUACUAAGUACAAUAUAAUAAUAUAAGUAAAUAAUACAAUAAUAAAUAAAUGUAACACUUACAUUGCAAGGUGCGCUAAUAACAUGUAGAUUAUAUUCCGAAAGUGUAAUGGCCACACUGUUAAAAGAAGUAAAAACCCACAUUUGAGAAAUAAAAAACAAAAUCUUGGAGUUUGGAUACAGUACUAUGACUCUCUUCAGUCAACUAACAGAACAAAGCAAGGGAGAAAAACAGAACAAAGGAAUCAGGUCACAUAACCUGUCUCCUGAGUAGGGUGGGGAUUAAGGAUAAUAUUUUUAAAUGACAUCCAUACAUGUGUUCACUUGCCACACAUACAAACCCAUGCUCUUCAUAUUUUUUUAAGCUGUACAGAUAUAUUAUAUUUUCUUUACUUUAUUUCCAAGCCACAUUAGAGUAUUGUAAUGAUUAUUCCACCACUUUUAUAGUUUCAUUACAUGUAACAACGGCAAUGUGCCAUCUCAAGCAAUUGUUAAACGGAGUUUUGACCCAACAUUAAAUAUUGCAUGUUCUUGUAGGCAUGUCCAGGUAUCUGAACCAUCAAUGGUCCUGAAGAGUUUGGAUAAAAGGAAUUGCACUGUACCCAGAGAAAACCUGUGAUGUUUGUUACUGCUGUACCAACACCCCUAAUGAUAUAAAUGUGUUCCUUCCACUAUGCUGGUGAAACACUAUUUUAAUAUUUAGUUACUUAAGUUCUGAAUGAUGGCUUUGUCUCUGUUCAGAUCUUUGUAUUGUAUUCCAUGAAAAUUUAUUGACUAAAAAAAUAUUUGGGAAUUAAGCAUUGGUAUGGUAUGAACUUUUUGUAAGAACUAACUUAAUAGGAAUAUGUAAUCACUUUUAAUGUAUUUACAAAGAAGAGAGUAAGUUACUGUGUAACUCCCUACCUUAUCUCUGACUUUACCUUACAAAAGCAGCAACUGUUCCAAUGAUGCCAUUAUAUUUAAGUAUAUCUCAGCAGUCCAUAUACAUGCAGACUUCCAUACACAAACAAUACCUCAUUAGUUGGGAAUCAAACCCUGGACCUCCACAUGUGAACAGGGAUCGCUACCAUGGCACCACAAGGACAACAAAAGCAAUCCUAGGCUUCACUUGGUUUUAUUUCACACAAAGCCUGCUCUUUCAUCAUAUUUUUAAGCAAUGUGAGCCUUUUGUUGUCCUUGUGGCGUCAUGGAAGUGAUCCCUGUCCACAUGUGGAGGUCCAGGGUUUGAUUCCCAACUAAUGAGGUAUUGUUUGUAUAUGGAAGUACUGUAUAUAUAUGUGUCUUAAAGACUGUUUAUAAAUAUGUGUACUGACAUACUGAUUGUUGGUAUUCUACCUUAUGAUGGAUGCUUGUACGUUCAUUGGAGUUGGAGCCCUCGAGAAAAAUUAAGUAUAGUUACUUAUCAGUACACAUGUUAGUAAAUUACAGGGUGUCUCAGAUAAAUGUAUACACACUGCCUUAAGAGAUCUUUGUGGAAGUUGUAUGAAUUCUGGUAUUACAACAGGAUCAUUGUCCUCACACAUCAAUUGAGGACACUAUUGCUACUGUAAUACUGUACAGUAGCUAAAACAACUAUCUGCAAGUGGGGGGGUCAAAAGGUCCAAAAUUUUACAUGUUAUGUACUAGUGACAGCCUUCAUAUACCAAAAUUUAUCGUCCAUGGUCUCAUAUUGUUUCCCACAAAGUAUGCACAGAUAGUUGUUUUAGCUACUGUACAUGCAUUCAUGUAAUUGCCACACAAAUUUAUUGGGCAGUGUGUAACAUUUUUCCAAGUCCCCCUCUACAUGUAUUAUCUCAUAUUAGACCAUAUAUUUAUGAAGGAGGAAUUUGGUCUGGAUUUUUUUUUUGAGAAAUAUGCAGACUGUCAUGACUGUUGUGUGAAGAUACAGGACUUUACAUGCCUGUAAUAUAAUUUUAGUGACAAUCUUCAUCUUACUUCUGAUCCUCUUAAGCCAAGUCUGUUAAAUAAAGGUAUACUGUAACUUUUUUGGGCAUAUCUUCUGUUUAGGUGAUGAUUAUUGUAACUCUGAGAACAACGAAAGGCAAGACAUGGCUAAGAAAAUGUGAUGAUUUACAUUAGAUAUAAACAUAAAAAGCUUAAAUUUUCCCCAAGGGUAUACAUAAAAAUAUAUGAUAGUGAACAAAUUAAUAUAAAUUCCAAAUACAGUAUAGAGUUUUUUAAUAUCUUAUAUGUUGCUUAUAGUAAUGGAAGAUCAUUAGAGAUCUUACCUCUGAUAUUUCAUAUGUGGCUUUAAUAUACAGAUUUGUACUUAUCAAGAAUUAUUCUACUUUUCUUCAGAUACGUAUUAUCACAUCUGUGAUUAUUCAAUUGUUUUAAAUAUUAUUUUUAAGAAGUUUGAAAGCAUUUACUUUUUUUUAUUUGAUUAUCAUAUUUGUGUGUGUAGAGCUUUAGUCUGUGAUAAUAGAUAGUACUUUAUAUAAACAAUAUCUACUGUAAUUCUAAUAUUGUAUUUUUAUGUUCUCGUGUAAGUUAUGGGUAAAUGGAUUUAUAAA